AUGAAUAAAGAUUUUCCACUUCUUGAAAUUCUGAUACAUUAUCAUGGCAAAAAAUAUCUUGACAGACAUAUUCAAUUUUGUUAUGAAACAAAAUCGAUAUCUAAACUUAAUUCUAAUUAUUUUCAGGAAAAAUAUUUAAUAAAAAAUACAAAAGAAUUUUUAUCAAAAUUAGAAAUUCAUACAUAUGAUUGUCCAUUAUCAUUAAGAUCUGAAUUACAACAUUUAUUUUUAAAUUAUGAUGUUUUAGUAGAACCAUUAACAGCUAUAAUAAUAAUAUUUAAAACAAAUUUUGAUAUAAAACAAUAUUGGAUAGAUUGUAUUGAUCCAUCGAAUGAACAACCUUAUUAUGGAUCAUCAAAAUCAGAUACAUUAUUUAAAACUGAUGAGCAUUUUCGAUAUUUUCGAAUUAAUAUUGUUGAUUUAGGUUGUUGUCGAGUUAUUGAACAUUUACAACAUGGAACUCAUGUAUUUGUCGGUUGUAUAUUCACAAGUGCAUCAAACAUGAAUCCAUAUAUUCAACAACUGCCUAAUGAAUAUAAUUUUACUUCAAGAAAUUAA